AUGGAGUUAGUGGAUACUAACCGGCACUACGCUAGAGAUCCAAACUUAAAACUGGAAGACGUCAAAAGAGUCCUAAACUGGACAAAAAACCAGUAUCACUUAACACAAAUACAAGCAAUUUUGUUUCUCCAAAAAUCAAAAUACGACAUCGAGUCUGCCCAAAAGGCCGUUGAUGCGUAUUUCACUUUUAAAACAACCGCCUCCGAUGUGUUUCUGGGCAGAAAUCUUGAAAAUGAGCGCUUCCAACGAACUUUCAACGCUUUCAUUUACACAACUCUUCCAGCCCAAACUCCAGAAGGCUAUACUGUACUUUACGCAAAAGCGUUGGAUCCUAAUCCAGAUCAUUACCAUGUCAUUUCUUGCGUUAAAUAUAUAGACAUGGUUUUAACGUCACACCUGUACCAUCAAGGAAAAUCUGCAGGAUUCGUGUGGCUUGUGGAUUUGAAAGAUGUUCCGUAUGGAUUUGUGAAAAGUAUUGACCACGAGGUUUUCAAGAAGUUCUUACAUUACGUUCAAAAGGUCAUUCCAUGGGAGUUUAAGGGGGUUCAUCUUCUUACAGAGAUUCCAUUUGUAGACGAAGUGGUGAAUUUGGUUGCAACUUGCAAGGAGGAAACGACGAAUCUUUAUGUUCAUACGAAUUUGGACGAACUGGCUAAACUUAUUCCGAAAAGUUGCUUACCGUCUGAUCGUGGUGGUUCGGCCGAAACCAUAAAGACAUUACAUGAAAAUAUUAAAGAAAAGAUAAUAAGAAGUGCUAACAUUUUCCACCGGGAAGACAAACAAGUUGUCGAUGAAAGCAAACGAUUCGGAAAAAGCUUGAAUGGUUCUGCAAAACAGACCAUAUUCUAA